AAGUCGUAUUUGUAAAAGAGGAAGAGGCCAUACUUGAAAAGAAGGGUGUUGUAUAUGAGAAAAGCAAAAGUAUAAAGGAAAAUGAAAGUGAAGAGUUUGAGGAAAACAAAAGUAUAGAAUUUGAGAAAAACAAAAGUGUAGAGUUUGAGGAAAAUGAAAGUGUAGAGUUUGAGGAAAAUGAAAGUGUAGGGUUUGAGGAAAACGAAAGUUUAGAGUUUGAGUAA